UUAAUAUCGUAAUCAGUCAAUUGAAAAUUGUUAAAUUUUUUAGUGUAAAUAUUUAACUUGUUAAAUAUAUCCAAUAAAUUCAUUAAUAAUCUUAAAAAUAUAAUUAUAAUUAUAUUAAAUACUUAAUAUUGAAAUAAAAGUGGACUGCAUAUAUAUUACCGCUAAAAGUAAUAUCACUUAAAAUUCAUUUAUUCACUAAAAACUAGCACAUGUGCACGGUAUCGAGUUAUAUUACUGUACUGCCAAAUUUGAGACUACCUGCAAGAAAACUGACCCUCAGAAAUUUCCACUUCCUCAUUGCUCUUUUGACAGAUUUUUUUUUAAACUCUGCGGAUGCUAAUUUGAUCCAAAAAUGGAAACUAAAUCAGAGUUUUGUUAAAGAAUGGGAAGUUUACGUUAAAUCAUCCACAGAAAGUGCGUACUGUUAUGGUCUGUUUCUUGGACCAAAUAAAUUUCUUACUUUUGCUCAUUGUGUUAAAAAAAUCGAAGCUCACCAAUUUGUUUUCGUCACUAAUGAGCACAAUGUUGAAGUGCCACGUAUAAGAAACAUCUCUGUUGAUCGCAAGAGUAUCUACUUUGGCAUGGAAUUGAGAGGAGAAUUUGACGAAAGUCAACGAGAAUUUGCAGUUCUCAAAACUGAAGACGAAGUUAUUGCGGAAUCUGACGUUACUGCUCAUACUUUCAUUAAAAUAGCUGAAGAUAUCAAUCAAGUCGACCCUAAAUCUUGUUUCAUACUUGGGUCAGAGAUUCCCAGGGCUUCGCACGUAAAUUGCAAAGUUUUGAACUCGAAAAUUGUUGGCAGUGCUAACAGGUUUAACUGUGCUGUUGCUAGCAGUGAUAAUGUUUGGCGACAAAGCGGGCUCUUCUGUAACCUAAAGGAAAAUUCUAGAACCAUAGUCUUGCUUGGUUUGGUGUCAAACGGUUUUUACAGAUCGAAAGAUUUUAAUGAUACUAUCAAGUCAGUUAUCAAUUUAACUGGACUUAAGAUAACAACAAUUAAUCAAAUAACUGAAAUAAAAAACUAUGAUGAUUACCAGUAUGAAACUGAAAGCAUUGCCAUGCUCCAAGAAUACCAAAUGCCAUAAUUUGAUUUAUUUUUUGUAAUAAUUGUUCUUUACUUAUUUUAACAAUGAAUUAAUAAUUAGAAAAUAAAAU